UUUCUCCCAAUUCCUCCUUAAGUCGUAGGUUUCAUUUCAUGUUCUUCUUUUGUUUCUAUUUUCUUUUUUUUCUCGCUUCCUCAUAUAAACUUUCCCCCAUCAGCCAUCAACCACACACUUUUCACACAGUUUCUCUCUUCCUCUAUUGGUUUGGUAUUAUUAUUACUAUUAUUUUUCUUUCCCCCAUAUAUCUGAUGAAGCUCUCUCUGAGUUUUUCUCAGUCUAUGAACCCGAAAUUAUGCAGUAAUAUUAUUAUUUUCUUUAUGUGUUGAGGGUAAUUAAAAUAUAGAACACACGAAAACACGCAUAAAAAGACAGCUCAAAUAGCUUUUGUAACUACCAACGCCCACCCCCUUCCCCUUCUCUCCGAAAUUUUUUUUCCUGCUUCCUUCAGAGGGGACUGGAAGGAAGAAAGAGAGAGAGAGAUAUAUUAGAUAUUUGGGAGUGUUUUUAGUCAAAAUUCUCCAACUUCCAUUUUUUGUUUUUUGUUUUUCCUGUUCAGUUUUCUGUUUUUUUUUUGUGGGUUUUUUUGGGAGUUCAGUUCAUUUAAGAAUGUGGGAUCUAAACGAUUCACCGGAUCAGAGAAGGGACGAUGAAUCGGAAGGCUGUUCUUCUCACGGCGGCGAUGAUGACAACAACAAAGGCAAGAGGGUUGGAUCGGUGUCGAAUUCCAGCUCCUCCGCCGUCGUUUUCGAGGACGGUUCCGAGGAGGAAGUUGGUGGAGCUGCCGCCGAGAGAGGCGGCGGCGGUGGUAGGAAGAGAUGCGGGACGACUACUUCUAGUAGCAGAACUCUUUUCGGGUUCCCGGUGGGCCACCGUCGCAAUCACAACGACGAUAACUGCUCAUCGGAGAGCGACCACCAGCAGCACUUACCAGUGGUGACUCACCAGUUUUUUCCGGUGGAUGAGGCGGAGGUCAUGGGUGGCGGAGCAUCGUCGUCGUCAGUUGGUGGCGGGGUGGGUUACGCCGCCGGGGGUGAUUUCCCGAGGGCUCAUUGGGUAGGGGUGAAAUUCUGCCAGUCGGCGGAGCCACUAGGGGGCGGCAACGGCGGAGGAGGCGGCGGCGGCGACGUGUUAGGAAAGGCUAGUAUGGAUGUGUCUCAGCCUAUGAAGAAAAGCCGAAGGGGACCAAGGUCUAGAAGCUCUCAAUAUCGGGGCGUCACUUUUUAUCGGAGGACUGGUCGGUGGGAAUCUCAUAUUUGGGAUUGUGGAAAGCAAGUUUAUCUAGGUGGAUUUGACACGGCACAUGCGGCAGCUCGUGCAUAUGAUAGGGCAGCCAUCAAGUUUCGAGGAGUGGAAGCAGACAUCAACUUUACCUUAGCAGAUUAUGAGGAUGACAUGAAACAGAUGAGCAAUUUAACCAAGGAAGAAUUCGUUCAUGUACUUCGACGACAAAGUACUGGGUUUCCUAGAGGAAGUUCCAAAUAUAGGGGCGUCACAUUGCACAAAUGUGGUAGAUGGGAAGCUAGGAUGGGCCAAUUCUUAGGCAAAAAGUAUGUCUACUUGGGCCUGUUUGAUACUGAAAUUGAAGCUGCCAGGGCUUAUGAUAAAGCUGCCAUAAAGUGUAAUGGAAAGGACGCUGUUACCAACUUUGAUCCCAGCAUUUACGAAAAUGAACUCAACUCUACCGAAUUAUCAAGUAGUAAUGGGGGUGAUCACAACUUGGAUUUGAGCUUGGGAAAUUCAGCUUCAAAGUCAAGCAGCAGUCAUGUCGGGAUGGUGGUUGAUAAUUCAAGGGACCUCCAGCAACAUUCUACAUCAAUGCAAUUUCAACUUGACUGGCGCCAUAAAGGAUUAAGGCCUAAUCAAGUGCAACCGGUCGAGCUUGACGUCCAGAAGAGAGACGGCUACAGCGAAGCCGAAACCUUGCAGCUCCUUAGCCAAACGCAUCUGCAUUCCCCGGGCUCUUUUAAAGCCAAGGAAAUGCAAAGAUAUGGGCAAUUGGCUAGACCUACACCCCACAUGCUUCAAAUGUUUGCUCCGCAGUACAAUUCUUCGAAUAAUUAUCACGUAAGCUCUGAUUAAGAUUCCCGUUAGUUCCGUCUUCUAAUCUUAUUAUUUUGGGACAGAAGGAGUAUUAAAACGCUUUUAAUAAAUUGCAGUAUCAGUUUCCAAGCAGCAGCAAUGGAGGAAUUGGCGUAAUUGGAGCCAAUGGAGGAGGAGGAGGAGGAGACCUAUCGCUUUCGGCAAGUGAUCCUCAAAAUAACCACUGGCAAUCCAACCACCCUCCUCAAUUCUAUGGAACUGCUGCAGCAUCAUCACGAUUCCCACAGCAGAUUGUAAGAACUCAAAAUUGGCCACUCAAAAAUGGAUUUCACCACUCUCUCAUGAGACCCUCUUGACCCAUUUAAUUCUUUCUUUUUUUAAUUUCCCAAAUCCCAAUCAAUUGAGUGCUUUCUUCCUUCUGAUCAUCCACCUCUCAAAGCUCCCCAAUUGUUUUGUAAGCUUGUAAAGAUCAAAGCUUUGAGCUUCCCCCAUUCCACCCCACUAUCUAACCAAUUAAACCACCACUGUCAAUCAGAAGAAUUUACUAGUGGAUGGCUAAUUAAAUUAACCUUUGAUAUAAAAUCUAGAAGAAAACAAAAAGGGAAUUUUCCUUCCCUGGUUUGCUAGCUAUAGCUACUACAUGUUCAUAAAUAUUACAAGUAGUCAUGACUGAAGACUUCCCCCCCAUGUUCUAGAUUAAUCUAACUACAUUAUGUUGAUAUAUCAAAAAUCAAAAGGGCUUCGUAAUUUUCUCAUCAUCUCAUGUAUUCGAAUUUGCCAAUUUCCAGAUUAAAUUUUGGCUGCGUUUCUUCUAUCUUUAUUUGUUGACCCUUUAAUUUGUUAGUUUUUUUACUUCUCAUAAUUAAUUUCGUUACAAAAUGUUG